UAAAGAUACUGCCAUUGACCAGAUGUCAGUUGAUUUCGGUUGGCGUCGGUUCAAUUUCUUCGACAAAAAUGUGGUGCAGGAUCCAGAGAGUCCGGAUGAGAAAUUUUUAGGUCUCAAGGACGUAUGUGUUGACUGUUGGUGUGGUGGAGUAGGAGGUGAAGCAGCAUACCUUGGAGAGUCUCGGGGAGGAGUGUUCCGGCUUGGAAAGAAUCUCGAGCAGUAUUACUGGAAAGCUUAUCAAGCUUCUCUCACUGCCUUGCAUGCGGCGGAAAAGUAUCUAUUCUCGAUAGGAGAGGACGAGGAAGGACCGCAAUCAAUUUUAAAGAUUUGGGAACGUGAUCGCCAUGAGAAAAAUGCCCCUGUUCUCAAGCGUGAAAUACGACUGACUUCCAUACAUCCCAGUGGGCAUGGUACGGUAGCAGCUUGCGCGGUUGCUGUACACUCAACUUUAUCUUCGAUCGCGAUUGGCCUUGCAGACGGCACCGUUCUCCUUUACCAAGGAGAUGUCAUAAAAGACAAAGCCCUGUCUUCUCGAUGGCAACGCAUACGUGAUGCUUCACCUCUGGAUGGACCAGUUACUGGCUUAGCUCUUGCGAGACUACCUGGAGAACGACUUGUCGUUUUUGUUGUCACUUCGAAAGUCGUUAAUUCCUAUGUCAUCGAGAACAAAGCAAUCGUCAAUAUGCUCAAGCAUGAUUCCACGGGUGCAUCGAAGGAUUGCUGGCUUUUCGAUGAAAGAACUGGCUCACUUGUGGUAGCAAGUCGAGAUAUGGUAUUCUUCUACGAAGCCGACCAGUGCACUGAUUCAGACGGUUACCGUGGUCGAUGCCUUCAGCUAGGCAGAAGCCACGAAAAGCUUCAACUUCUCUCUCUAGGCGAACACGUGGUUCUUCUUACAAAGCAACAUGCUCUAAUACCAUCAAACGACGAGACCGAGUUCAUGUCUAUGGUCACCGUGUAUAAUGUAAAGGGACAGUAUAUCGGUUUUUCAUGCUCACUUCCCUCUUUGUGCAGAUUGUUCACUCUCGAUCAAUCUUUGUUGAUUUUGGGCAAAGACGGCACUUUGUCUGAGUUGACAGAGAAAAAUUUGAGCGCAAAAUUGGACAUUCUGUUCAAGAAAAACCUCUACGAUGUUGCCGUCAUUCUAGCGAAGAGCAGCAGAGACGGUGCUGAGCAUCUGAAGUCGAUUCAUGCUAAAUAUGGUGACUAUCUCUACGGAAAAGGUGACUUUGACAAUGCAGUCAGCGAAUAUAAGGAAACGAUAGGAAUGUUAGAACCAUCGUACGUCAUUAAGAGGUACCUUGAUGGAUCUCGUUUACGACAGUUGUGCGUUUAUCUCGAGGCUUUACACGACACUGACCGAUACACCCUAUAUCAUACUAAUAUCCUCUUAAAUUGUUAUGCACAAUUGGAGGAGAGGAAAAAGAUACAGCGGUUUCUGGAGAAAAUAGCACUUGAUGGCAGAACAGAUAUGUCAAGCAUAUUUGAGGUUCUGCGAUCUCUGAAGAUGUCGGAAGAUGCAAGUCUUCUGGCUGUGAAACUGAACAUGCACGACCACGUGCUUUCAAUGAUGAUAGAAGAUCUUGGACGGCAUGCCACCGCUCUGAAAUAUAUUGGGAAACGCCCACCGGAUGAGGCUUGUCAAUAUAUUGAAAAAUAUGGACGUCUUCUUUUCGAAGCUUGUCCUGACGAAACAAUGGAUUUACUACAACGUCUCAUAGAAACCUCACCUGGAAGCAUUGAUCCUGCACAACUCCUGAAAGUGUUCAUCACUGACUUUACAAAGAGUGCGGCAUUCAUAGAAUUUGCUCUCAGAAGGGUUUCGGGAACAUCUCGCUCCAUUCUUUUGGCUACGAUCUUGGAAUUGCGCCUACGAGAUUAUGCCGAAGGCAAUAUCGAAGAUGCUAAAUGUGAAGAGCUGCUCUUCCCAUUUAUAGAGGAAGAGAACAUGGCUGAAGCGCUACACCUCGCAAGAGUUUUCCAUUGCUUCCCCGUUGUGCAGUAUGUUCUGAAGAAAAUGGGAAGAACGAAAGAGUUGAUACAGUACUACCUGAAGAACGACAAGAUCAGGGAAGUUGUGGAAUUGUGCAAAAUUGAGAAUAAAUCGGACAUGUGGAUGGAUCUGCUGGUUUAUAUCUCGAAGAAGGAGGGACCUGUGGAUGAGAAAUUGGUACAAGAAAUGUUAGCCGGGAUUGAGGCGAGCGGAAGUUUACAUCCAUUGGUGGUGCUCGAAAUCCUCUCACGCAGCAGUACGCUCAAGGUAGCAGCGGUUAAGCAGUAUGUUAUCAAGUGGUUGGAUGCUCAGAAAAAGCAGAUCGAAUCUGAUCGGAAGGCUAUCUCUGAAGGUGAGAAGCGAAUGCAGGAAAUCGACAAGCAAAUUGAAUCGCUCAAAUUCAAUGUUCAAGUACUGCAAGUCAAUAAAUGCAGUGCAUGUGAUACGGUGCUUCAGCUGCCAGCUGUUCAUUUCCUUUGUCGACAUAGCUAUCAUGUGCACUGUUUUGAGUCAUACAGUGAAAAACCGGAUGUUUGUCCUGCUUGUGCUGUACCCUCUGCUAGAGAGGAAAUGAAGGAAAAUAUGGAUGGCAAAUCGGCUUAUACUAAGUUCCAUGACGAGUUGAACAAAGCCUCAAACGGAAUGGAUGUGAUUUCAAAAUACUUGAGAAAUGGCUUGUUUGAUCCACCGAGGAAAAACGUCCAGAAGAAGAGCCCAGCGGUAGCUUCAGCUAAAAAACGAGGAUCAAAUCCGUUUGAAGACGACGAGCUCAACCCAUUUGCUGAAUCCACCACUGGUAGUAGCGCAUCUUCUGAAUCGACACUUCCGCGACUUUCGCCAUAUUCUACGAUAUCCGAACGUCGCACUUAUGAUGACUCAAAAAAUCCGUUCGCACAGAGUACGAACCCAUUUGAUGAGUAGCCGAGUGUAUAAUAAGAAUGUGCACAUUUAUCUGGGUUCUAUCCUUUGCAAGUGGCAUUAAAACCAUUAAACGAUGUUUCGUUUCAACGUCUCACUUAUUAAUUCUUGACAUCCAAGCUUGUUUCUUUAUGCAACUGCGACAUUGUUCUGACUGUGAUAUCAUACUGAUGAGGAAAAUGUUAUGAUGUAAAAUUUUAUUCCCGUAUUUUAUUGAUUCAUUAUCACUUUGAUAAAUUGUCACCGAUAUCGUCCUUGUAUUCAUUGGUGCCU